CAUGGUUGACAACAUAGAGAAGAAAGUUCUUAUAAGGGAAUUCGAUGAAGACAGAGAUAUUGAAGUGGUGGGGAAGCUUGAAAGGAUUUGUGAGAUGAGGUCUAAAACGGGGGUCUCCAUUUUCACUAACAUGAUAGCUAUAAGCUGUGACCCUUUAUGUAGGAUUAGGUUCUACCCCCUUCAUGUCAUUCUGGUAGCUGAGCUGCUUCAAAAUGGGGAGCUUGUCGGCGUGGUUCGAGGAUGCAUUAAGGAUGUCGGGACUGUUCAUGGGGAAGCACAAGUACAUGUGAAGAUGGGUUGCAUUCUAGGCCUUCGAGUCUCUCCUACUCACCGACGGAAGGGAAUCGGAUUGAAACUUGUAAAGUCAGUGGAAGAAUGGCUGCUGAGAAAUGGAGCAGAGUACACAUUGUUAGCAACUGAAAAGAACAAUACAGCCUCUAGGAACCUCUUCACUCUCAAAUGCAAUUAUCUGAACCUUGGUUCAUUAGUCAUAUUUGUUCAGACAAUUGGUUUCCCUGCAAAGAAUCUCUCCCAAGAUAUAAAGAUAGAGAAGUUACCCAUAGACCAGGCAAUUUCCCUGUACGAAAAGAGGCUUAGAGACAAAGAAGUCUAUCCAACUGACAUUGACACCAUUUUGAAAGAAAAGCUCAGCCUCGGCACGUGGGUAUGCUAUUAUGAAAAAGAGGGUUGGAAUAUCAUGAGCAAGCUGGAAAGAUCAACAAGCUGUAGUGGUCAAGAAACCAGCGCCUCAUCAUGUAUAAAAUCCACAAGCUCUUGGAUGAUUUUUAGCAUGUGGAAUACUCGUGAAGCUUACAAACUUCAGGUAGGAAAGCCGCAUCCACUGUCGACGUUUCUUCAUGCAACAGUACUGAGCCAUGCAAUUACAGAGAAAAUCUGCCCUUGCCUAAGAAGGCCAAUGAGUAGUAGUAGUAGUAGUAGUGAUCAUUCCUUUCAAAGACCAGACGUUGGGUUUCUCUUUCUUUAUGGGCUUCUAGGAGAAGGAGAGAAGCUCGGGGAGCUCAUGAAAUCGGCAUGGAGCUUUGCAUCAAAUGUGGGUCAAAAUGUGAAGGACUGUAAGGUGGUGAUCAUAACCGAGCUGGGGGUCACUGAUCCUCUCAUAAAGCAUAUUCCUCAGGAACCCUCUAUGUCACGCAUCCAUGAUCUCUGGUAUGCGAAAAGAUUGAUUCACAACGAGGACAUAGAUCAUGCAUCAAUUCUGGCCAAGGGACCAGUUGGGAAUGUCUUUGUUGAUCCAAGAGACUUUUAGCUAGGGUUAGUUUAUAGUAGUACUCGUCUAGCUAGCAGCCUCAGAUCAUCGAUCAAAUACCGUUUCAAUUAGGAGCUAGCAUGCAUGUCCCUUCAAAAACCCCAAGUGUUUCACAUUUUACAUAUAUCAAUGAUCGAUGUCUGAAGUUGUACGUAUAAGUUAGAUGAAAAUCUCAAUGAAGAUAAGGGCAACAAGACCAACGAUUGUUUUAGUGCCAUGCACGAUUAAUUGAACAAACCCUAGAGAUAACAUUCAUGAACAUCAUAUAUAUAAUUAUAAGGAAUUAAUUAUUACUAUCUGAUAAUUAUCUGCAUGAUGAUGAUCUUGUACUUGAUCUUGUAGUUGGACUUUGUACAAAUUAAUAAGUUAGUUGAUCACUUUUAAGUGGGCUUCAUAG